UCCUGUUGUCCAGAAAUGACAAGCUCCUGUCUAUAAUACUUCGCUAAUAGAUGGCAGUUGGAAUUUACUAGCUAGAACUGUAUCUAAUCUUUAUUGAUAAGUUUUACAAUCGCAUUCUUAGACAAUGUGGUAAUUGAAGCCAGUCCCAGUUAAACAUGGGUGCUAAAUUAUGCAAGCGCGGAUCUUAUGACUUCGAAAAGCAUCUUAAAAGCUCUAAUAAAUUGGAAAGAAGAGCUAUUUCGUUUAUAUCUUUAACGGCUAGUGAAAUUUAUGGAGACAUCGUUCAAGAUUAUUAUAGUGUGCCCCAACUACACGGCGAACUAAAGGAGGUACACCCAGCUCCACCAGUCACUAAACGAAUAAAACUGUUUCGACAUGGUCGCGUGACGUCGGAAUCGACGAGUAUCAAAGAAUCUGGUCCACAAUUUCGCACAGUUCAGGAUCCUAGACCUUCAUGCCACACCAUCUCCUCGGACAACGAUAUAUUUUAUGAUGCAGUGGAGUACUACGAUACGAUCUCGUUCACAACUGAAUUUGACAAUGCUGCACUAGCAACCCUAGUCGAAAAUACGAGCGAUCCAGUCAAACACAGAAACUCUUCCCAGAGUAUAGUUGAGAGGGAACUGGAGAGCUCUUUAGAAGAAGACCGACUGCAUUGUGAAGACAGUAUUCCCAAGAAAAUUUUUCAUUCAACCCCCGACAUUCUGAUCCAUUCGCUUGAAGCAGUGGAGCAACAUAACUAUGAAGAAAUUAGGAUCAUUCAAACCAGUGUUACCGUGAGGAGAAGUGAUAGUGAAGAAAUAGUACAUGUGGCAGAGAAAGUGAAGAAUGGCACAUCGAAUAAUGCCAGUGAAGACGAGCUAUUGACCAGGGUUGUUCCUGAAGUCGAGAAGGCAAAAGACUUAGAAGGAGUAACCGAAUAUAAAUCCGAACCACUGAAUGAUCUUCAAUCUCGUUUUACUGAAUAUGUAACAUCCAAACCAGAUAUUUGUGACCACUCAAGUUUCACAACAGAAUCCCAGAUGGAGAAUUUGACUACCAAAAUUGAGGAAAGAUCUGAAUGGAUUGAUGAAAACAAUAUCGUAUUACGAUUGAAAAUGAUAGCGCAAGAAGUAGCUCGCUUAAAAACUGAGAUCGAUGGAGAAAUCGACUACGUUAACUACUACCAAAACUUAAUGAAAGUCAUGAUGGACGUCAAUGCGAUUAAAAACGAAGAAUUUGACGAAGAAGUGUUUUCGCUACAGAACGAGACACUGGCCGAAAUUCGCGCCUGCUUGGAGGCUUUAAAGUUAAAAAAAGAGCAUAGGUAGCCUCCCCAGUUGAACAACAUGUAGUAUUAGU